AUGGAUUUUGCAAAAUGGCUUUUGGAUAUAGGAGAACGGAAACUUGGUGGUUUUAAUGAUGGCGGAGCGAUUAUUGAUAUUCUGGAUGAUCUUUUAAUUAAUGAUCCUUAUGAUCUUAUAGGUUCGUUAAUCGAGUUUGUAAAUCCUUCAAUUCUUGAAGCUUCUAGCAAUCCAGAAUAUUUUCAAGAAAGAGCAAUACUUGCUCCAAAAAAUGAAGUUGUUGGAAAAAUAAAUGAUCGUUUGCUAGCAUUAUUUCCAGGAGAUGAAGUUGAAUAUCUAAGUUCAGAUAAACUAUGUGAAUCUGAAUUUGUCCAUGAUCACUUUGAUGCCAAUUUAUACUCACCUGAUGUUUUAAAUGGUCUUAAAGUCUCAGGUCUGCCAAAUCAUAAGUUAGUUUUGAAAGUUGGGGUUCCAGUUAUGUUACUGAGAAACAUUGAUAAAAAAAUGGCUUAUGUAAUGGCACUAGACUACAGGUGA